AUUUAACUGUAUUUGUAACUGUCAUCAAUAAAAACGUAAACAUGAAAGUAAUGGAACGAUGAUGUUUUGUGUGGAUAUAUUAUAGUUUUAGGAUUAUUAUUUUUUUAUUCGUUUAUGUUAAUAAAAUUUAAACAUGUCCUUGCUUGUAUUAAAAAUAUUAUUUGAUUAUUUAAACUUAUGUGUUAGUCAAUAUUAUCUUAGUUGAAACUUCUAAGUUCGGAAAGUGAUGAUUUCUAAAACAUGAUAUACAUACGUCAGAAUAAGGGGGGAAAUCUUACAUUUAUUUUGGUUUUGAAUUUGUCAUGACGGCUUAUUUCAACUUUUUCUCUAUGGGUUGCUUGUGUGGGAAAGAAUCUAUUGAUAUCAAUGGUAAAACCUUCACCAUUAAGACCAGAUUGGGAGAAGGUGGAUUCAGUGUUGUAGAUUUACUCCAAGACCAGAAGACUCAUAGAUACUAUGCUCUCAAAAGAAUUGCGUGCCACUCUAAAGAAGAUGAGAAGAAUGCCCUGAGAGAGGCAGAAUACCACGGCAUGUUCAAUCAUCCAAACAUUGUAGAGUGUAUAGACGUGUCAGUGGCUGAAAGAGUUGAUAAACUCCAUCCAAGUCAUAGUGAAGUUCGUCUACUUCUGCCAUAUUACAGGAGAGGGACUCUUCAUGAUGAGCUGACUAUGCGUUCUAAAAGUAAAAACCACCUUUCAGAAACGAGAAUAUUAAGGCUGUUCAGGCAGAUGUGUGAGGGUAUAAGAGUGAUGCAUAAUGCCCAACCGCAUCCUUUAGCUCACAGAGAUGUAAAACCUAGCAACGUGCUCUUAAGCAAUGAUGAUAAGCCGGUGUGGAUGGAUUUUGGUUCUAUGGGAAAAGCGAGGCAAGAAAUACAUAAAUCAUCAGAGGCCAGAGCACUACAGGAUUUAGCUGCUGAAAAAUGUUCCAUGGCUUACAGAGCUCCUGAGCUUUUUAAUGUUGAAACGCAUACAUCUUUAGAUGAAAGAGUUGAUGUUUGGUCCUUAGGUUGUUGCCUCUAUGCAAUGUGUUACUUCAAGUCCCCAUUUGAAGCAGCCCAUGAGAGAGGAGACAGCGUUGCAUUGGCAGUUGUCAGUGGAAUCCUAGAUUUUCCAGAAAACUCACAAUAUUCAAGUGGUAUACAUAACCUAAUAAGGACAAUGUUAGAAGUGAGUGCAUUGCAGCGACCAUUUAUAGAUGGUGUUUUAUUACAAAUUGACUCUAUCUCGCCUACAGCUCAAGAUAUAGUAUGAAUUGACUCAGCUACUAUUUUUAUACUCUUUUUUUUCUUCUCCAUUCCAACGUGAUAUGUGACUUUCUCCUUUUACACUUUUCAGACCUUGUGUAUAAACAUGUUCUGACAUCAAUAGACAUGAUAGAUUAUGCAUGAACAAAAGCUGCUCACAAUUUUUGUUGUUCCACUUUGAGUUUCAGAAAAAUAUUCUGCUUUUGAAAUACAUUGAUGUAAAAAUGUUUUAAUUGCACGCACUAUAAUGGAACUGCAUGCUUUUAAAAGAAUGCAUAGUAAAUUGAAAGCCAAUAUAGCUAUAAAUAACUUCAACUUUGAAAUUUGUUGCUGAUUAUUUUUUAAUAUUUGUUGAUUUCUUUUUGUAUUGAAUACUUUUUUUAAUUCAAAAUUUACUAUAAAUGUCCUUUCAAAAGAUUUCACAACUUUUUUCUUGCGCAAUGAAAUCUAUCACUGAUAUUUUAUGUGUUGUGAAUAGGAAACAAAGAGUGGCUAAGCAUUUAUAUGUUCGUAAUUGACACACAAUAUUGUUUCUUCAAAUGUUUCAUAUAUUUCAUCUGAACUGCUGGAAAAAAUUUGGCAAAAGUGUGUUAUAUAUCAGUGAUUCCGCUUUUUUGAUAUUAUACGACAAAAAUUAUAACGGGGACACGAAAAAUAAGUUGUUAAAAUCUCAGGGGAGGUGUAAUUCUUUAGUGUAAAAAAAGUGUAGGCACAGUUAUAGUCAAACUUUAAAUAUAUUUAUAUAUAUAUAUUUUUAUUGAAAGAAAAAAUUAAAAUAUAUCUGAGCAUCAUGUUACGUCAUUGCUAUUCUUGAUACAGGUGUUCGAACUGUGCAAAUUAAAAUCAGGGUAUCUAUGCACCUGGAAAGUCAUGAAUUUGGGUAUUGAACAAAAUUUGUCAUGAAAUGUCAUGAUUUUAAUUAUUUUAAAAAAAAAUCAUGGCACGUCAUGGAUUUAGGUCGCCUAAAAAUCUAAUUUUUAAAAUGGAAUUUACCCAUCCCCCAAUUUUAAUGGUGUUCUGAAUAUCUGAUUUUGUGUCAAAGUCUCCAAUCACCGUCAUAUUUUGUUAAAAUAUAAAAUUUUUUUAUUAUGUUGUUUAAAAAUUAUGGUGUUCUUUAAAAAAAUGAAAGAAAAAACAUCAUUUCUUGAGUGAAUUAUCUUUUAAACUUCUGUGAUUUCAGAAUUUUUGAGCAGUACAAUAUUCUGUUUAUGUCACAUUGCAAUAUUCUGUUUUUGUUUAUGGAAUCACUGUAUAUUACAAGUAAAAAGCAAAAAUGUACUAAAUCCAUUUAUUCCAGUGAUUUUUUUCACCAUUUAUAGUAUCUAAGUUAUUUUGAAAGAAAUUAUUGUAUUGUUAUUCGUAUAUUUCUGCCUAUUUUUAUUUUUGUGAAAAACAAAUAUUAGAAACAUCAAAGCAGUACAAUAUUCUGUUUAUAUCACACUGCAAUAUUCUGUUUUUGUUUAUGGAAUCACUGUAUAUUAUAAGUAAAAAACAAAAAUAUACUAAAUCCAUUUAUUCCAGUGAUUUUGUUCACCAUUUAUAGUAUCUAAGUUAUUUUAAAAGAAAUUAUUGUAUUGUUAUUUGUAUAUUUCUGCCUAUUUUUACUUUUUUAAAAACAAAUGUUAGAAACACCAAAGCAGUGCAAUAUUCUGUUUAUGAUAUUUUUGUAAUUAAUAAUGUUUUUUAAUUAUUUGUUUUCACCAGUGAAGCUAUAUCUGACCAAUUGUUUUUGAAAGUUUCUUACUGUACAAAAAGAAGAAAAAAAUGCAUGAUUUGAUCAUUUUUAAGCCAAGAACGCCAAUUAUUAUGAUUUAUCUGUAAUUAUUACGAUCUCGUUAUAAAUGUUACGGUUUUACGGUUAAAUGAUAAAAGUCACGGUUUUUGAGAAUUCCUUUAAUAAUUUGUUUAAAAUUAGUUUUUCCCCCUUAACUACGAAAAGUUAUAUAAAUUUGUUGUUUGCACCUAAUUUUCUACUCUCCUUAAACACAUUUGAAAACUAAAAAUAAGAAACAAAAACAAUUUGAUAGAAACAAGAAA